CUGAGCACGGAUCUUUGCCACUUUUCAUGCUCCGCUGGCUCCAGUCUCGUCCUCCCCUCUUUGCUCCCUGUGCCCCGGCGCAGCGGCCUGUCGGUUGCGGUCCAUCACCGGGCCCGGAUCUCCCGGUUAGUCAAAGGGAUGAACUUCUCGGUGGUGGUCUUCGACACGGCGCCCACGGGCCACACGCUGCGCCUGCUAAACUUCCCCACCAUAGUGGAGCGAGGCCUGGGCCGCCUCAUGCAGAUCAAGAACCAGAUCAGCCCCUUCAUCUCUCAGAUGUGUAACAUGCUGGGUCUGGGGGACAUGAAUGCAGACCAGCUGGCCUCCAAGCUCGAGGAAACCCUGCCGGUCAUUCGCUCCGUCAGCGAGCAGUUCAAAGACCCAGAGCAGACCACCUUCAUCUGCGUGUGCAUCGCCGAGUUCCUGUCGCUGUACGAGACGGAGCGGCUGAUCCAGGAGCUGGCCAAGUGUCGCAUCGACACGCACAACAUCAUCGUCAACCAGCUGGUGUUCCCCGACAACGAGAGGCCCUGCAAAAUGUGCGAGGCCCGCCACAAAAUCCAGUCCAAGUACCUGGACCAGAUGGAGGACCUGUACGAGGACUUCCACAUAGUCAAGCUGCCGCUGCUGCCCCACGAGGUCCGGGGCGCCGACAAGGUCAACACCUUCUCCAAGCAGCUCCUGGAGCCCUACAAGCCUCCGAACAAGUGA